AUGGCUCACGAUGCUAUGACCUCAUCAGAGUACAACUCGGUAUAUGAUGAGACAAUCGAAAGGUUCCAACGACAGCGUGUUCACGUCCCAGGGGUGGAUCAAGUUUUGUCAGCAACUGAAGCUAUUCAACUGGCGCAACGAAUUUAUCAAUCGGUAUCAGCAGACGAUGGGUGUCUUGAUGAGAUUGACCGUGAGCUAGAAAGCAUUCGCGGUGCAAACCUCGGAGUCGCUUUGGGAAUCGUGGGUAAUGUCUCCGCUAUAGCCAGCGCAUUACUAGUGGCGACUCCUCUUCUUGGUUUCGCAAGGCGGAUCGUUGGUGGGAUCCUUAGUUGGCUGCUCUCACUGCUCAAACCCUACCUUCAGGAUGCGAGUGAAAACUCGCGCCAAAACCUCGAAUGGAGCAAACUCUCCGUUGAAGUCCUUGCUGAGAGGCAGUCGACUGUGCUCCGCACUAUUCAACACAUUCGUCUCACUCGAGAGAAUACUACGCAUCAUAUGAGCGCAGAAAUUAACGAGCAGAUGUCGGAACUUGAAAAAUUGCUGGCUGGCAGGGUCAGUUCCAUAGGUGAAGAGCUACACAAGCGUGCAGCCCAAGCAGCUCACGCGAAAAGGCAGGCCAUGGCCGCACGACAUGCCCAAACUUUUGCAGAAGGCGCCAACACCUCAUCCGGCUUAGAAAGUGAUUUAAAUGCGAUGCUCACUGGACUGAGAGACGUUUUGAUGCAUCUUAUCACUCUUUUAGUCGAGGGUACUAUCUCUGCUUUCACCUGGUUAUUGGAAAGGCUGAAAGAGGCCCUGGACUACAUCAUCGAAACCGUCAGUUGGGUAUUCAGCUAG